AUGUCUGGACGUGGCAAGGGUGGGAAAGUGAAGGGAAAAUCAAAGUCCCGCUCCAGUCGGGCUGGACUUCAGUUCCCAGUCGGCAGGAUUCAUCGUCUUCUGAGGAAGGGUAACUACGCUGAGCGCGUAGGUGCUGGAGCUCCAGUUUAUCUUGCAGCAGUUAUGGAAUACCUAGCUGCUGAGGUCCUUGAGCUUGCCGGUAACGCUGCCCGCGACAACAAGAAAACUCGCAUUAUCCCGCGUCACCUUCAGCUGGCUAUCCGCAACGAUGAGGAACUUAACAAGCUCCUC